UAAAGUAAUUUAUAAUAUUAAAAUUGGAAAAACCCCUGUCCUUCUCUCAACCUCACACGACCGGACCACCGUCUCUUCCUCCUUUCCCGUUUCCUCUCACAACGGCAGACCAGUGAACAGGCCAGACCCAUCUCUCUGCGACACAGCACGGGCAGCAUUUGCCACAUAGCAUAUUGGCGCCUCUCUCUCUCGCCGAGAACCACCACGUGCCACCAUCACCCCGGUGCUCCGCCGUGUGAACGAAGAUCUUCACAGGCCAGGGGUUCAAUGAAGCUCUUGGUAGAUGCAGUACGCUGACGGCUGAACAGAACCACCGCAGCUGGCGCAGUGUAGUGCCGCACUUCUUGCUUUUGUCCCUUUCCUUUCUAGUCUCAAGACUCCAGGAGUCUGAGUCGUCGAGGCUCUGGACCCAAACAAACGUGGAAUAAAAUGCUGUGGGCAUCACUUUAUUGGAUGUGUUGAAAGAUGCCAUGAACAUAAUGCUUCCUUCGAAUUGAGAAAUCUGCACUUCUUGUUGUUACUUCUCUUCUUGCAACUCAACUAUUAGAAUCCUAAUCUCCUCCUCCUCCUCCUCCUCCUCCUCCUCCUCCUCCAUCUUCUUCUUCAGGUCUGUGUAUCUAAAAGCAUGACUCUUCGAUAUGCCAUGGUAUGUUCGUCAAAUCAGAACCGUAGUAUGGAGGCUCACUUUCUCCUCAAGAAAGAGGGCUUCGAUGUGUCCUCAUAUGGAACAGGUGCACAUGUUAAGCUUCCCGGUCCUUCCCUUAGAGAACCCAAUGUUUAUGAGUUUGGAACACCAUACAGGCAGAUGUUGGAAGAUCUUAGGCGUAAAGACCCUGAGCUCUAUAGGCGUAAUGGAAUCUUGCCAAUGCUUAAAAGAAAUAUAUCUGUCAAAACUGCUCCCCAACGCUGGCAAGAGAAUGCUGCUGAUGGCUCCUUUGAUGUUGUAUUUACAUUUGAGGAAAAGGUUUUUGAUAUCGUCAUUGAAGAUCUUAACAAUCGGGAUCAUGUUCUUAUGAAGAGUGUGUUGGUGAUCAACUUGGAUGUUAAAGAUAACCACGAAGAGGCAGCCGCUGGCGCUUUGGUUGCUCUAGAUUUGUGCCGAGAUCUUGAGGCAAACAAAUCAUGGGAGGACUCAGUUGACGAGAUUGCAGCUGCCUUUGAGAGGAAGUACCGGCGAAAGAUUUUGUACAGUAUCUCCUUCUAUUGAAGACAUCUUGAAUGUUGAGGAAUAACGACUGAAAAUUUUCACGAUUCAAUGCAUCUCCUUGCUAGUUAUUAUUGCCUCAUUUCAUAGGUCUGCUCAGUUCAUGUUUGCUCGCUACAAUGAUUCGAGUGGUGGAUUUGAACGGGAGAGAAAUUAAUGUAUAAAUUAAAUCAAUGUCAAAAUGUGAUAAUUUUUGUUUGAA